CCUCCUAACCUGCAAUCCGAUGCCGACGCCGCCUAGGCCGAUAUUUAAUGGAACGCAAUAGCCGAGUUGGAACAUAAUUUUAUUCCCGAGACGAAGACAACACCAUGAACACGAAAGCAGUUCACUUCUUGUUUGGCCUCAUCGCAACAGAGGUGUGUAUAAUAAGUGGCCAGCUGAGUCUGAUACAGACGUUACAGAAUGCGAGGACGGCUGAAGAGUUUCUCCAACAUGUUAUGAUCAACGGGCGACCAGCACGACUCAGUGACGUUUACAUGGACACGUCUACGACUGAUGAAAACGGGGAACAGGUUUACGUUAGUGGUGGUUUAACACUAGCUCGUCCUGACGAGUGCAGUCCACGAUUGACGACCGUCACAAUUCCAAGAGGACCCGGAGACCACAACGUCGUUUACUGGCCUAAGUGCACCCAGAUUGAACGAUGCGGUGGGUGCUGCGUAUCGAACAUGCUCAAGUGUUUCCCAACCAGAAUCGAAACAGUGGAACUUCACGUCUUGAAAACAACGCUUCCCUUCCCUGGGGCACUGAAUCUGGAGUGGGAAGGACCCAUGCCAGUGGUUUUGGAACGUCACGUGGCCUGCAGCCCCAUCUGUAGGACGACCCGAGAAGACUGCACCGCUUCCCAGACGUUCAACGAGAUGGAAUGUAUGUGUCGCUGUAACCACCAGAGUCCCUGCUUUCCUCUUCAAACGUGGGACGAGGCCACCUGCUCCUGUAAAUGUCGAACAGUUCUCAACUGUUCACCAUCCACGUUCAAUACGGAGACUUGCGAGUGUGAAAUAAACAGAGGCAGCAACGACAUCAGAUACAGCAGCGAUAAUGGCGACAUCACAGCAGAGGAAACGGCCAACUUUGACAAUGACAACGCCCAACCUAGCACCACACAGAAACCAACCACAACCACAACCACGCAACAGUUCUACGACCCAUGCCUAACGCUGGCAUGUCCGCCACGUUUCGGCAAACGGGUUGCUCCUAGCAACCCGAAUGAGUGCAGGUGUGUACCGCCAUUCUUCUAUCCGGGAAGAAAGUAACACUCCGAUCAAACGCAACACUUUAAAUAUAUAUACACAUGGCAUUGUAUAUAUGUUUGUAACUUUUUUUUAUUUCAGUGAAAACAAUUGUUACUGAAACGUGUCCAUGAAAAACAAAUCAAGUACAAAACAAUUAAACUUGUGUAGAAGUUUUAGAAUUGGUUACAUGUACGCCCAAACUUUGAAACAACAACCCAGAUGUAGUGUAUGUAUUGGACAGGGGUGUUAUAUACAAGUAAAAUAAAGCAUAAAAUACACUGGGCGGGAUUUAUGGUGGCUGUUAGGGCAGGUGUCCGUUAUAUACAGGUGUUCGUUAUAUACAGGUGCCUGUUAGACAGUCUCGGCUGUGUGUAUAUAUAUAUAUAUAAAAUCAGAGGCUACCUGUAGUUUUCGUAUACGUAUAUUGUUUGAUACGUCUUACAUAGAUUAUGAAAUAUCAGUGAAGUCGUUUAUAUGUUUAAAUAUAUUUCACACUUUCCUCUAGCAUAACGAGUCAGAUAUUAAACUUGACGAGCCAUAUUUGAUUUAAAACACAGAACAUUUUAUUUGUUUAAUUUCCGUGAUUAAACUUUACUUUCAAAAACACCAGCAAACAUAUCAUCAAUAUUAACCAAUUUUAACUGGCCCUACUUGUUUUUUGAAUGAUAUAUUAUAAUACUGCGUAACACAGUAAAGGUAUAUUGAAUAAUAGUAUUUCGCGGAGGGUCAUGCCCCUCUCCCCCCCCCCCUCCCCCCAACACACAAACUUCAGAAUAUCCUUCCCACGGGCAUGGUACAUGACAACGAUUGCAUUAUUGAAUAUACUGGGUUUUUUAAAGACUGCUGAAUUUUUAGCAAAUCAAUCUUUGUUUUAAUAAACCUGGUAUAAAUGUAUUAAAGUUAUUGUCUGUUGCAACUAUAUAGUUAGUUAACCUAUAAAAUACAAACUGCCGAUUUGUCAGUGAACUUGGCGAUAACAUUGUAUUAUGGAUGUAUUUUUAAUGAAAUAAAUGUGAUCGAAAUGUA